GCCAUGGAGCUCGGUCCUAGUUAUGUACAGUCAUUUGUCUUGUAUGCAAAAUAGAAAUGGCUGAAAUCGAGGAGCCAUGUGCAGUCAUACAGAUACAGAAGCAAGGCAGUAGAUCUAUUUAUAACUCACACUGAGUUGGCGCCUCAGAGCAACACUUGAUCUCUCUGCAGACAACUCUUCACCAUAUCAGUAAUAACGUCCCUGCUACAUGGAAAGGGGGAAUUGUCAGGUUUUGCUAAUUUGAUAUCAAAAUGCCUGUAAAUCAGACCAGAUCCAGGAUGAGAGAUCGGAAUGACCCGAUCAACAGACUGGAGUUUAUUUCACUGAACCAGCCUCUCAGAAAUAGCAACGAGGCACGGGGGACAUUAAGACGGCCUGGUUCACUGAAACGCCAGCCAAGCCAACAGCAGCAGCAGCAACCUCAAAAUGUGCAGCAGGAGCCACUUGAAAAUAACACUGAGGACCGCAGAGAAUCUGUUAAACUUCCAGAAGAGGAUUGCAUACAACUCAACCCCUCGUUUAAGGCCAUUGCAAUGAACUCUCUUUUGGCGAUUGAUAUAUGCAUGUCCAAAAGGCUUGGGGUUUGUGCAUAUUCUCACUCAUCAUGGGGCAGUGUGCGCUCCAUGGUCAACCUGCUUGCAAUCACUGGUCAUGGCAUCCCUUGGAUUGUUGGCACAAUUAUAUGUCUCACCAGAAGCAACACAAUGGCAGGACAAGAAGUUCUGGUCAACUUGCUUCUUGCGCUUUUACUGGAUGUAAUGACCGUCGCCGGUAUGCAGAAACUCGUGAAGCGCAAAGGACCCUGGGAGAUGACACCUGGCCUCUUUGAUUACAUAGCGAUGGACAUUUACUCUUUCCCAGCAGCACAUGCAAGCCGGGCUGCCAUGGUAUCCAAGUUCCUUUUGUCACACUUAGUCCUCGCUGUCCCUCUGCGCAUCUUACUGGUGCUGUGGGCUUUCCUGGCCGGCGUGUCCCGCAUCCUUCUUGGCCGCCACCACCUGACAGAUGUGGGAUUUGGUUUUGCAUUGGGCUAUCUCCAUUUCAAUCUAGUUGAAAUGGUGUGGCUGCCCUCCAACACUUGCCAGACUUUAAUCUCUAUCGGGAAACUCAGUUGGAUCCCCUUCUAAUGACAAUAUCAGCAUUUUAGGCAACCCACAAAAGCUUGACAUCCUCCUAUCCCUCAGUCCCUAUUUUUGUUAAUUUCUUCUGUCACAACCACUCACUGGCCCUCAUGUAAUUUUAAAUAGAAGUCUAUGAAGACAUAAUGUAUGUUAAUCACAUUUACCCCUAAAUAAUAAGGUUAUGCUUUGAAUGAAUUUCUUUCUCCAGUGUAAAUGCAGUAUGCAAGGAAAUUAAUGCAUCCUUGUGACACAUUUCCGAUGCCUUUCUGACUAGGGUCUAUUUAUUACAUUUUGAUCCGCAAUUUUUAGUUUUGUCAACAUUUAUGACAAUUAAUUGUUCUUAUAAAAAAACAUGUUUUUAACACUCAUUUUCUGGACCUGAAAGUGUAUGUAUUUAAAAAUGGCAAGUAUCAGUAAAACAAUCAUACGCUA